AUGGUUCAGAUUCAAACAUUGAACAAUAUGGCGGAGCUGAGAACUUCUAGGUUUGGUUGUCCCUCACCCAGGCACGGACUCAAGCUCCUUUUCUGGUUCGCCAAAGAUUACAUCGUCAUCAAAAAUGACAACCAGAUGGUUGCAAAUUACGACCCCAAAGAGGGAGGCUUUGGUUUCCGUCUCUUCGAGAACAGACUUCAGUGUGACAACAACAUCUGCAAGAAGCUGCUUCCUGAUGAUGGCUACACAUUCUAUGAGGUGGGCAACCUCCACCCCCCAGCAUCUAAAUCCAUGCCUAAUUAUGUCAGUGAGGACUACACUCAUCACAUAGAUACCAGCAACAUGGACCGCCUCAUCAUCAGUAUGCGUCCAGACAGGACAGUGGAUAAGGUCUAUGUGACCCAGCACGAGGACCUGAAGAACUUCGCCCCACUCAACACAUAUUGCAUCAGCAGGGAGUUGAUCAUGAUCAUAUGUGGCCAUCCAUCCACAGACAUGUCACUGAGUAACUUCCUGGAACAGGCGGGCUAUUCCACCCACGAGCAAUAUAUGGAACAGCACUCCAGACUGACGGAAGAGGAGAAAGAGAUGGAGAGUGAUGGAGAAAAACAAAGAGAGGUAUGA